GGACAGCACAUGACGUCCAGCUGCUCCCUGCUGGCCGCUUCAUGCUAAACACACCGAGAGAAAGAAAAGGGGGAAAAGGAAGCGGAGCCUGGCACGGACCGUGACCGCGCAUGUUGUCAGGAAGAACUGGUAUGCAGUACAGGCGGGGCUGUUCCUCCCACUGUCCCGUAGCUGUCGUCUCGUCUGUUUAUAUUUACAGAGAAAACACCAACCCGUUUCCAACCGGAACACCGGGCUCCCGAGGCUAAUAUUGUGGAAGUAUCUCAACACGGUAUGCCCCAACGGCACAGCUAACACGGUUAACGGCUGACGAUGGCUUCGGUUCGGAUGGUCGGCAAAGUUACGGCGAGACUUUUGGGAAGUAUUCAGCCUCUUCACUGUGGUCUCAAAACUACGCGUCCGAUUACAUUUCUUCACCAGGUUCAACAGAGGCCGCCUCUGCUUGGAAAUUGCCAAGCUCAUUGCUACAGCACACUCACUCCCUCCAGUGACGUGUCUUUGAAGUACAAAUAUGGCCGUUUGGUUAUGGAGGUCCCAUUGCCCUCCAGGCACGAGAAGUGUCUGUUCUUCCUCAGACCCAUGCUGAUGAGCGUGGGAGACCUGAUCGCAGAUCUGCAGAGGGAGGACCCCGGAGCCACGACCUCCGUUUUCUCCAAAGACGGAGAGCGUGUGGCCAACACUACGCUGAUCGACGCUCUGCUGGACAAGGACUUCAAGCUGGUCAUCAAUGAUGCCGUUUAUGACGUCUGCUCUCCUGAAAAGGUGGGUACCAGUGAGAACACCAUGGAGCUGGAGGACGUGAAGCAGGUUGUGCAUCUGCUGCACACGGCGCUCCACCUGCCUGAACACCACCUGCUGAAGGAGAGGUAUCUUCUGGAGAGACUGGACAACCUCAAGCAGCAGCUGUCACCUCUGGAGCAGAUGAAGGCACAGCUGUCCAAUACAGCAGAUUUCCAUAGCUCCAGGGUUGUCUGGACCGGCAUGGCCCUGUUAUCUGUGCAGGGCGGCGCUCUGGCCUGGCUCACAUGGUGGGUUUAUUCGUGGGACGUCAUCGAGCCCGUCACUUAUUUCAUCACCUACGCCACCAGCAUCGGAGCCUUCUCCUAUUACGUCCUCACCAAACAGGAUUAUUUAUACCCAGACGUUAAAGACAGACAGUUCCUGCAUUACUUUUAUAAGGGGGCCAGCAAGAAGAAAUUCAACGUGGAAAAAUACAAUGAACUGAAGGAUGAGCUCGCUGAGGUGGAGGAGGACCUGAGACGUCUGAAAAAUCCCACUCAAUGUCAGCUGCCACUUGAACAGAUCCAGCCAAAGCAAUGAACGAAAGCCAAACGCCAUGAAUAAUGGUCACUCACACUUAAAACACUCCAGAGCAAAAACAAAUAUUCUGCUUUAUUUUGAUAAUGGUGCCUUUUUACCAGGAGUCCAUACCAUUCUGUGUUUUCUUUAGUCUUGAUAAUAAAAGCCAAUUAUGUCCUGAGAACUAUUGAAAUAAAAAGUAUUGCCUGAACGUCGGGAGAGUCUCCUGUC